AACAGGGGCUUGGUUCUGUAUUUCAACAAAUGUUGUUUCUCUAAGUAACAUAGAAAUACUUGCUAGCAAACAAUGAUGAUGGCAAUGUGCACCCAAUUAAGACCACCACAUGCAGGGACUCUACCACAAUGCCACCUAAACGCCCCAACCCAAAAAGUCCUAACAUCCGAAAAGACAAACUCGAUGUCUCCUGAAAAGAAAGAAAUUUUUAAGUCAUUAGAGAGUUGGGUAUCACAAAGUGUGCUGCCACUAGCCAAACCCGUGGAGGAAUGCUGGCAGCCAUGUGAUUUUUUGCCAGAUUCAUCAUUGCCGUCGGAUGAGUUCAUCGAUCAAGUGAAAGAUUUAAGAAAUCGAACGGUAGAGCUUCCGGAUGAUUAUCUUGUAGUUUUGGUAGGUGACAUGAUCACUGAGGAAGCAUUACCUACGUACCAAUCAUGGAUAAACCAGUUUGAUGGGAUUUGUGAUGAGACUGGUGCAAGCAACAGUCCAUGGGCCAUAUGGACACGCUCUUGGACUGCCGAGGAAAACAGGCAUGGAGAUUUGCUUAAAACUUAUCUCUAUCUUUCUGGUCGGGUUGAUAUGCACAUGAUCGAGAAGACUAUCCAAUACUUGAUCAGAGCGGGCAUGGAUAUAGGAACUGAAAACAACCCAUAUAUGGGCUUUGUGUAUGCAUCCUUUCAAGAGCGAGCCACUUUUCUGUCAGACGGCAGCUUGGGUCGGCUAGCUAAGGAGAGAGGUGAUCCAGUGCUUGGGCGCAUAUGUGGUACCAUUGCUGCAGAUGAGAAACGCCACGAGAUUGCAUAUGAGAGGAUCGUGGAAAAACUUCUAGAAGUGGACCCCACUGAGACAAUGAUAGCCAUCGCAAAAAUGAUGAACGACAACAUAAAGAUGCCUGGACACUUGAUGCAUGAUGGUCGGGACCCACACCUUUUCAGUCAUUUCUCUGCAGUGGCACAACGUAUUGGGGUUUACACCGUUAGUGACUACAUUGAUAGCUUGGAGUUCUUGAUUGGACGGUGGAGAUUAGAGAAGCUAGAGGGUUUGACGAGUGAGGGAAAACGUGCACAGGAGCUCGUGUGCAGUCUUUCACCAAAGAUUAGGAGGCUACAAGAGCGUGCUGACGAGCGAGUGCGAAAGAUGAAUCCUCAGUUUAGUUGGAUCUUCAAUAAAGAGAUUCCCAAAUAAAAGUGCUCAAAAAUUUCCAAAAAAAAUGUACUAUGAAGAAACAAACAUUAGUCGUAUCUUACAAUAUCUCCCUAACCUAGUGUUUGCUUAUCGUGAGUAUUGGUGCGCUGUUGUGUCCAGCCCCUGACUUGUUCUGUUUUUAUUUUUUUGUUAUCAGUUGUCCUCUUGUUAAAAAAAAAUAAAUAAAGAAAUUGUUGCAGCAAAA